UGCAUACUAUAUAAGUGACCAAGACUGACUUCAAUCAGUACCCUGAAUCCAAGUUAUCAGCUAUAUACUCAAACAAGAUAUAUACAUUAUACAUAUUCUCUCCUUGGCAAAACAAGAGUUAAAAAAACCUAGAAACUUUUCUCUAUCUAUCCAGUAUCCACAGUAAUGGAGUUGGAGAGCAUUUUAGGAUAUUUUCGGAACAAGACCAUCUUAGUAACUGGAGCCACUGGCUUCCUUGGAAUGGUGUUUGUGGAGAAAAUACUAAGAGUUCAACCAGAUGUGAAAAAGAUUUAUCUUCUUAUAAGAGCUACAGAUACCAAGGCAGCCACAGAUCGCAUGCAUAAAGAGAUCAUAGAGAAGGAGUUGUUCAGUGUUCUGAAGGAGGAAUGGGGCACAGAGUUUGAUUCCUUCAUUGCAAACAAAGUUGCGGCUAUCCCGGGAGACGUAGUUUCUGAAGAUUUGGGAGUGAAAGAAUUCAAGUUGAGGGAAGAAAUGUGUGGUGAAAUUGAAAUCAUAUUAAACUCUGCAGGAACCACCAACUUUGAUGAAAGAUAUGAUAUUGCACUGAGCGUCAAUACAUUUGGAGUUCAGCAUGUAUUGAGCAUGGCAAAGAAAUGUCUAAAACUAGAGAUCCUGCUCCACGUGUCAACUGCCUAUGUGUGCGGCAGAAAGGAAGGACUCAUACUGGAGGACUCAUCUUGCAUGGAUGAGAUGGUAAAGGAGACAGCUAAGUUUGAUUUCAAGGCGCUUGAGAAGAAUCUGGUAGAGGAGAAAUUGAAGGAGCUAGAAGCAGAAAAUGCGACAGAAGAAGUCAUUACAACCACAAUGAAGGAUUUUGGCAUUGAAAGGUCAAAAUCAUACGGAUGGCCAAACACCUAUGUGUUUACAAAGGCAAUGGGAGAAAUAGUUAUAAAGCAUUCAAAAGGUAAUCUACCCGUACUCAUCCUACGCCCAACGGUAGUUACCAGUACAUACAAGGAACCAUUUCCGGGAUGGGUUCAAGGUUUCAGAACCAUUGAUAGCGUAAUUGCUGGUUACUGUAAAGGAAAACUGACAUGUCUACUCUUCGAUCCAACGUCAGUAUUUGAUAUGAUUCCAGUUGACAUGGUGGUAAAUUCAAUAAUUAUAGCCUUGGUGGCUAAUGCAAAAUGUUCUUCUACAAUCAUUUUUCAUGUGGGAACAUCGUCGAAGAAUCCUAUAAUUUUCUCUCGUAUUCACAAUUUUAUCUUCCGAUACUUCACCAAAGAUCCAUGGAUUAACAAGGAUGGAAUACCUGUCAAGGUUGGCAAGGGUACAGUAUUCAAGAAUAUGGCAACUUUUCACAUGUAUAUGCAAUUUCGUUUCAUUCUACCUUUGGAGGGUUUAAAGUUUGUGAAUCAAGUAUUUGGCCAUUAUUUCCAAGACAUGUAUCUUAACUACAAUCAGAAACUCAAAUUGGCGAUGCGCUUGGUGGAGCUAUAUGAGCCUUAUAUGCUGUUCAAGGGCAUCUUUGAUGACAGUAAUACUGAGAAGUUGCGAAUGAUGGCAAGGGAGAGUUUUGUGGAAGCAGAAAGUUUUGGUUUUGAUCCGAGGUGCAUUGAUUGGGAGGACUACAUUAUGAAAACUCACAUUCCAGGCCUCAAGAAACAUGUUAUGAUGAAACGAUAAUUAAAAGGUUCAUACAUUGUCAUUGAGAUAAUAUAUGUUGCAUUCUGAUGAACAAGUUCAUCAACGCUAUCCUAUGUUCUACCUUUCCAAGUUUCUACAUGGCAGCUGAAAGCUGUUCGUCAAAGUUGGUUAAUGAAGAAGAAGGCAGAUGGUUGUAUACUCAAGCAUCAUUUCUGUUCAUUUUUAAUUACUGAAAAUUAUACCCGUAACUGUAGCUGCUUUUGAUAUUAAAUACACCCAUAUUCUCCUCUUAGUAA